AUGAUGUUGCUGAUUACUGGCCAGACUUUGAAGACCUCUGUUGAAAACUGUGCUCAGAGCAUCCUUGCUUUCUGGUUACAGUUUGGGUGUGUUGGUAGAAUCUCCUCUCAGAUGAUCACCUUCUGCAAGUGUGUGGCUGUAGAGCUGGGCAUUGAAUGUUCAGGGGAAGUGUGUCCCAACAUCUGUGCAGGUACUGACCUCUAUGCCCUGUAUGUAGUUGGAUCAGUGCUGAAUGUAAGCAUAAUUUCAUACCAAUUCCUUCAUGGUAUGGGCAUUCCUUCCAUCACCAUCAUGAUACAGGAACUCAUCAAGCUGAUGUACCAUGCCAGGUGUUCCAACAUCACCUUCAUCUGCUUUGGCACUUCUGGUGGGAUAGGUCUGGAGCAUGGCUCAGUUGUCAUCACAUCGCAGGCAGUGGAUGCCUGCUUCAAACCAGACUUUGAGCAGCAGCUCCAGGGGAAGCAGAUGGUUCUGAGUGCAGACCUGGAAGAGCAGCUGGUGCAGGCAUUUAUGUGGUGCUCUGCAGACUUGAGCAAGUUCACUACUGUCAAGGAAAAUACCAAGGGGAAGCCCUUGCCUGUCACCUAG